AAAAUUUUUCCCCAACUUCCGCCUCUAUCUCUCCACCUCUCUCGUCUCUCUCUCUACAAAUACCUCCAAAUAUCGAUCUCACCCCCUCUCCUCCGAUCUCUGCAUCGCCAAUUGACCACCAAAACUACCCCCUCCGCUCCGAGUCUUCGUCGCCAUGGUGCCAUCUCCGGCGAACAGCCUUCGCUAUUGCCUCUUCCUUCUCCUCCAUAUGCGCCGCCAGCUCCUACCCCAGGAGAGUCCAGCCGUUGCUCCGAUGGCCAGCCCCCUCCUUUCUCAUCCUCCACCGGCGAACAGCGCCGACAUCGACGGAGACGGCCAGCCAAGCCUCCACGCCGCCGCUCCAUCCUCCAUCCUCUAGUCGCCUACUUUCUCCCCUCCAAUGAACGUCCAACAGCCGUGACACAACCUCGACUCAACUCCCACAGCGAUACCUCCGGCAAACCACUUCGGCGUUCCAACCAUGCAACCCUUCCUCAUCAAAAAUGAAGAAUCCGUCUUCAGAUAGAAUCUUAUUCGGAAGACAAAGUGUGUGAAUCACAUUCAGCAGAGUGGGAGAAAAGGUGAAGAAAUUUUAGAGAGGAUUUUGAAGGAUGAAUGAUAGCUCAGCUAGAGAAAUGAAUGAGAGACAACUUCAAAGGCCUUGUGGUUGUGUGGGCAUUUUCUUUCAGCUCUUUGAUCGGAACCGUAGAUUUGCCACGAAGCUGUUUCCAAAGAAACUGCUUUCACCAGCUUUCUUGAAACAAGCUUCAAAAAAGUUUGGAGGGGAUGAGAAGCAGCCAAAGCUUCAUUUGAUUACUGAUGAGAACAGUGGGGGUUUUCCAAAAGCAAAGAGUAGUGGAAUGACCGUUACACGUUGUGAAAGCAUGCGUAAAAUGAAAGCUCCAGGUUUGGUUGCUAGGCUCAUGGGUUUGGAAUCAAUGACAGCAGGAUCAGGCAAUAAGCCCCAAAAGGCUUCAGCUUCUGAAACUUGGAGCAAUGUGGCAGAAAAACUUGGUGCUCGACCUGCCAGAUCUGAUAAAGAAGAUAUGGAUUUUGAGAUGGCCAAAAUAAAGAGUCCCAAACCAGGUUUGCAAAGGUUUAGAGCUAAAUGUGCUCUCACUUAUCAUACUAGAUAUUUUUCUCCUUUGGAAGAUGAAGCAGAUUUAGUUGGGAAUUCACUUGAUCACCAUUCAACUGACAACUACCUCUCCAGCAGUCCCAAUAGUAGCUCAAGUAUAGUCCCCGAUUCGACAUUUUACUAUUUGCAUACUUCCUUUCUUUCCCUCAAAUACAUUAAUUAAAAAAGAAGACAACUCUGAAGUUGGACAAAGUGCUUGCGGAAUCAGUGGACUUUAUUGAUGAUGAACCACUCUUUCUAGAACCUGAUAGAGAUCUUUCGGAUUGUCAGACCUCAUUAUCCACCAGGAGGAGUUGCAGAGAACUGAUUCAUAACAUUUCUGGAGUGCUCUGCAAGAUUGAUCAGUUAAAAGUAAGCAAACUCAGCUACACAAAACAGGUCGUUUUGAAUGCUGAACUCAUAUUUGGAACUACACCUCAAUAGCAAGCUCUACCUGAAGAAUAUGAGUUCUGUGAGCCAUUUUCUCCUUAAUCAACUUGAAAUGUUUUCGAGUUUUCUGUGGAUGGCUUUCGGUGAGUUGCUUGGCUGUAAUGACCCAAAACAGACAAAUCAGCUUAAAGGAUUCACCUUUGAUUGUCUAUUAGAGUACCUAGACUCAAAAUUUUCUCCAAUCUCUGAUUCUGGUUUCAGAACCUGUACCAAACUACCAUCAAGUAUGACCAAAGAGAUUCUGAUUGCUGAUAUUAUUGAUGAGGUCGAAGAGUGGACACAAUUUGUUGGUUUGAUCCCAGACGAGCUAAUAGAAUGGGAUAUAGCCAUUCUUUGGGUAAAUGUACAGACUUCGAGAUUGAAGAAUAUGAAUGUGGCACUGAAAUUGCUAGGCAUAUUCUCCAAGAAUUGGUAGAUGAAGUUGUUUUAGACCUCUACAGUUCUAGCUAAAUUUGGUGGAACUGUUGAUUGCUCCUCUUUCUGAGACUUUGUUGCAAGCCUAUCAGUGCUGUUCUCAUGUGAAAACUCUUGACUCAAUAUUGUCGAGCAAAGUAUUUUGUACAAACCAUUGAUUCUGCAUCUGAUUCGACUUAUUGUACUUGUGCUUUUGCAUUUAUGAAUAUUAAGAACAAUCCCUUCGUGGACAUCUGUUUGAAG